GAUGGACGGUCGAGAUAUUCUAUUCGGCAUCACCCAAGACCCACUUGUUGACUCCAGGAACUCUGCUCUCUCUCGCGGUGAUCACUGCGAAACGUCUCUUCUCUCUGCAACAAAACAAGGGUAUAAUCCAGUUUAAUGGCGGAUGCGAACCAGAGUCAGGCCAAGCCGAUCAAGAUCAUAGCAGGAGCCGAUGACUUCGGCUGCUCCCUCAAAGAUUCAGUUCUCUCCUACCUCUCCAGCCAUGGAAUCCCCUUUGAAGACCUCGGAACCAACAAAUACUACUCUGUAGCUCAAGAAAUUGGGCGUAGGGUCAGUGACUCACGCGGUAGUGACGAGCCCUUCGAGACCAGAGGCCUUCUCGCCUGCGGAACUGGUGGUGGGGUAGCCAUGUUCGCUAACAAAUUCCCUGGUGUUUAUGCAACGAACUGCACCUCAGUGGACGAUGCCUUAAAUACGCGCUCCAUCAACGACUGCAACGUUCUUGCCCUAGGUGGAAUGAAGACCAGUCCUGAAGAGGCCUACCAGAUCCUCGAAGCUUGGCUCAAGACCCCAUUCAAAUCUCCAUGCCCCGCUAGCGAGAAUUCUCCAUGGCCUCCAGAAAUCGAAUCUUUCCUCGACAAGGCAGUUAAUGAGAUGGCAAUGAUCCCCGAAAGGAAAGAGGAAUCUAGCUCGUGUGCAAUAUGUUGCUUGAGCAAGAACAUGGAGUUCGUCCCUGUCGGUAUAAUGCCAGGAGGGAGCAUGAAGAUUUUGCGGCAGAGCCCAACCUCUGCAAUUGUAAGGUUUAAGGCUGGGAGCGUAGAGCCUGCUCAUCACCACACAUUUGGGCACGAUCUCGUGGUCUUGAAAGGAAGCAAGACGGUUUGGAAUUUGACCAAUAAUGAGAGCUAUGAUUUGGGUCCUGGGGAUUAUUUAUAUACUCCGGCGCCAGAUGUGCAUAGGGUGAAGUAUUUUGAGGAUACAGAGUUUUUUAUAAGGUGGGAUGGAGGUUGGGAUAUCUUUUUGGAUGAGGAUUUAGGAGCUGCUAAGGCUGAGAUCGCGAAAGGAUGCUCAGUAAGCAUUGAAAAAGUAACAAAUUGAUCGAAAAAGCUUCUGAAGGAUCAAAGGAAGUAGAAGAUUCCAUGAGUCGAGUUUCUCACGAGGUUUUGAGACAUAGAUUCUGUGUCUUUUGUUUGAUAUAAUUAUUUAAGAAUAAGCUGCUACUUCUCUGGUUUCCUUUUUGCUUCUGUGUAUGUACAAUUGCAAUGUGUGAUGUGUGUAGCGUUUGUGGAAAAUGCUUUUAUGCAGUUGUGCUUUGUGUCUUAGUCUGUGAAAAUGCGUGUAUUGCAACAUAUGUUGCUUGUAGUGUUACGUAAGAUCCCAUAUUUGUGAAAAUGCUUGUAUGCUAAUGUGAUGCUUAAUUUUUAUUUCGUUUAUGAAAAUGCUUGCAUGCAGUUGUG